GUGACGUUACAGUGCAAACUGGAGAUCUGCUGCCUUGUAGAAUUUGUGGAAGGACUUUCUUUCCAGCAGCACUGAAAAAGCAUGGACCUAUUUGCCAAAAAACUUCUGCCAAGAAAAGGAAGACAUUCGAUUCCAGCCGACAGAGAGCAGAAGGAACUGACAUUCCCACAGUAAAACCUCUUAAGCCACGGCCAGAACCGCCCAAAAAACCUUCCAACUGGAGACGAAAGCACGAAGAAUUUAUAGCAACUAUACGAGCAGCCAAAGGACUUAAUCUUAAAGACGGUGGAAAACUCCCUCCACCACCUCCGCCAUCAUAUGACCCUGAUUACAUUCAGUGUCCAUAUUGUCAGAGAAGAUUUAAUGAAAAUGCAGCUGACAGACACAUCAAUUUCUGUAAGGAACAAGCAGCACGGAUUACUAAUAAGGGGAAAUUGGCAGCUGAUACCAAAGGAAAGCUUCCUACUCGAACACAGAACAAACCUGCUGCAGUUAAGAAGAUGCCUUCUGUAGGAUCAACACCACCAUCAUCAUCAUCACGCUUACCACAGCCAAGUGGUGUUAGCAAAACUGUUGUAGGUGCCUCUUCAAGUAAAGCGCUAUCUUCACCUGGAUCCAGUGGGAGCAAAAUUCAGACAUUAUCACCAGCUCAUAAAAACUCAUUGGGAAUGGUGAACCCCCAAGCAGGUAAGAUGGACAAGUUAGGCCCACCACUGCGAACUGGAAGAGAUGUGCAAAGCUUUUAUGACACUGAUACAAAAACAGACAGUACCAUCAAAAGACCAAAUGAGUUGUUGCCUAUAAAGAAAGGUGCAACAAAAACACGGACAUCAGCCCCUCCUAGUGUGGCAAGAACCAUGAGCACGGGUGCUCUAACAAACAAAAGAAAAACUAGCAAUUCAGACAUUUACUCAAGGUCUGAUGUUAAAAUUGGGUAUGACAGUGGAGACUACUCAUCCUCAGUCAAUGGAGGAAGUUCAAAAAGCAGCGAAGGAAAUUCACCUGUACAGUUAUCAAAGUUCUGCCAUGAAUGUGGGACAAGAUAUCCAGUAGAAUGGGCCAAGUUUUGCUGUGAGUGUGGAAUUCGAAGAAUGAUUGUGUGA